UUUGUGCAGCCGCCAUAUUCUGUGACAAGUAUUUUGAUUCGUAUCUGUUGGAAGUAAGAAAAGAGAAAUUAAAGGGGAGUAGAGGGGGUAAAGAAGAAGAGCUGUCAAAAUAAUUCCCGUGUGUCUGAAACAGCGAGGGCUGUAGUAACCCCCCACUCGAGUCAAAACAGAGAGGGCCUGGGUACCGUAGAAACUCCGUCUACGAAGUCCACCUCGCCGCUUUUCUUUCAGCACCACGGCCCUGUGGGAGAUUCGGUGGCUGAGUUUCGGGUGUUGAAGGUGGCCCGGGGAGCGGCGGCGGAGACGAAGAUGCUCAAGCUGUGGCUGAGGUGCUGCCACCACUGAGGCGUCCUCAGUGUGCUGAACGGAGCGAGCAGAGCAGUCCUGACCUGGCAGUACACGAAUGGCCCAGGGAAGCCACCAGAUUGACAUUGAGGUUUUGCACGACCUGCGCCAGAAGUUCCCUGAAGUUCCAGAGGGUGUUGUUUCCCAGUGUGUUCUGCAGAAUAACAACAAUUUGGACGCCUGUUGUGAGUACCUGUCUCAAGUAAGCCCAGGCUACUUGUACAGCAAAGGAGGCAAACUCAACUACACUGACGACCCCAGCUUCAUCAGGUUCCGGAAUCCCAUGACCCAGCUGAACCUGGGCCUGCAGUCUCAGUCUCAGAAUGUGCAUGCGACCCCGGGAAGGGACGGCCUGAGGAUGAACGGCAGCAGGACAUUGUCCCACAGUCUUAGCCUGAGCGACGGGCCCCUACAGACAGGACAGCCCCCGAAUAGUGACUUCUUCCAGCAGGAGCCCCAGUCAGCCCCGGUGCAGGUGCCCGCCAGCCUCAAUGUGUUUGGCGUGAUGGAGCCCACGCGCAAGACCCAGCCGCCCCAGCACCUGGGACUCUACCAGCUGGGGGGGAAAGGACAAUCCAUGGGCCAACAUGGCCAGCAGAUGCCCCGCUUCAACCCCAUCACCGUCACCCUGGCCCCCAACAUCCAGACGGGUCGCAACACCCCCACCUCUUUGCACAUACACGGCGGGCCCCAUACACAGUCCGGCUUGAGCAGUCCACAGGGUAACUCUAUCUACAUAAGGCCGUACGUGACCCAACCCAGCGGUACAACCCGGCAAAGCCAGCAGCAGCUUCAGCAGCAGGCAGGCAGGGCCCAGUAUAGCCCCACCUCCCAACCCCAGCAGCAGAUCUACCAGAUCUCCCAUCCCACCUCACUGCCUGGCUCCUGGACAGGCCCUUCCUCCCAGCAGCACCAGCACGGCUCCUCACAUACCUCACAGCACCAGUCACAGGGCCACCAGACCUCCCAUGUCUACAUGCCCAUCAGCUCCCCYACCAACCCACAGGCCCCCUCCUCUAUCCUCCAGGCCCYCUCUGGAGGUCAGGSCUCCUCYUCYGGUGCCUCSUCCUCKGKCAUGCCCUCUGGCAUGUCCUCCUUYAGCCAGUACAACAUCCAGAACAUCUCCACCGGACCGCGCAAGAACCAGAUAGAGAUCAAACUUGAAUCUCCUCAGAGGAGCAACUCCACCACGACCACGGCCGUGCUGCGCACCAGCAGUGGCCCCCGAUCCAACUCCUCCACCUCCUCCUCCUGCCCCUCAUCCUCCUCCUCUGUCGCGGCAGCCCCUGGCCCAACCACCACCCCCCUGUCCAUCGGAGGCCCAGGUCUGAGCCGCAGCCAGCCCACUGUUUACAUCUCUGCCAGCCCGCCCACUGUUGCUGCUACCACCCCCUCUGACGAGGCCAACAUGGCCUCAUCCGGCUCUCGCUCCCAGCCCAAGUUUUACAUUACUGCUAAUAACGAUGACGGUGGGGGCAGAAACCCUCCAACCGUCUACAUCUCUGCUCAACCACCUCCGCACGGGUCCCAGGGGCCCCGCAAUAUGGGGGGCCAGGUGAGCAUGGGCCCCGCCUACAUCCACCACCACCCACCCAAGUCCCGCGCGUCUAUGGGAGGGGCAGGCACGGCCACCUCGCCACGAGUGGUGGUCACCCAGCCCAACACCAAGUACACUUUCAAAAUCACCGUGUCCCCCAACAAGCCCCCAGCGGUGUCCCCCGGCGUCGUGUCCCCCACCUUUGAGGCUACCAACCUCCUCAGCCUCCCCUCGGACCACCAUUUUGUGGAGCCAGACCCACAUCAUCUCUCAGACCCGCUGUCUGUACACAGGGAGAGGCCCAGCGAGCCACGCAGACUCAGCAUGGGCUCAGAUGACGCAGCAUACACACAAGCCCUGUUGGUUCACCAGAAGGCCCGUAUGGACCGGCUGUGGCAUGAGCUGGAGCUGAAGAAGAAGAAGCUGGAGAAGCUAAAAGAGGAAGUCAACGAGAUGGAGAACGAUCUGACCAGGAGACGGCUAGAACGAUCCAACUCCCAGUCCCAAAUCCCCUCGAUUGAGGAAAUGCAGCAGUUGCGAUGCAACAACAGGAUACUGCAGAUCGACAUUGACUGCUUAACUAAAGAAAUCGAUCUCCUUCAAACAAAAGGACCACACUUUAAUCCCAGUGCCAUUCAUAACUUCUAUGACAACAUUGGAUUCCUAGGUCCUGUCCCACCCAAACCCAAAGGUACUUUAUCUGUUGAGCCAGAGGGCCUGGGGAAAGACAGGAGAACAUUUAAUGUCACCUCCACCCUAACCAUGGAACCCUCCUCUGCCCCUCCUCCCCCUGCUGCUCUCCCUCUGGAGUCGAGCAGUAAGAGCGUUAAGACUGUAGCAGACCAGGAGGAAGACGAGGGGACGCAGUGGAGCUGCACGGCCUGCACCUUCCUCAACCACCCCGCCCUCAACCGCUGUGAACAGUGCGAGUUCCCACGGCACUUCUGAGCCACAAAGACGCCAACAAUACCAACAGCCCGCUUCACUUUUUAAUGCGAAUCAAAGAAACUACAUUAGAAAAGACUGUUUUUUUCUUUCUUUUUCUAGUGGUAAGAAAAUGAAUGGACAGGGGUUUGUAGUUUUUUCCAUUUUGGGACUGUUUCUUUCCCCCCUCCUCCAAGGUUUGUAGAAUGCUAUCCACUGAAGGCUUGACUGGAUAGUGUUUACAGGUUGUGUUACUUUACUAAGCCAGCAGAGUUGGAUGAUACCUCACCUUGGAGUCUCUGCAUGCGUGGGUUCACCCCCCUCUCCCUCCUCCUACUCAACGCUCGGCAGGCGACUUUACCCCUGGGGAUGCCUCGCUGCUUCCAUAUACAGUAUUAACAAGUUGUCCUGCAGUGUGUUGGCACACACAAACACGUAAGCCAACAUGGGUGCCAACGUGCAUUUGCUGAUUAUUUUUUUCUUCUGUGAUGGCCUAAUCAGGAAUGGGAACUUUGGUCAGCCGUCACCUCACACCUGAAGGGAAAACUAACAGACUACUUGUUGACAAUUUGUUUGGUUGCUGUUUCUAGAGGAUGACAGGGGGAAACUUACUGCCACCAAAACUUUUCUCUCGUCUUCUGUAAUGUCCCUUAUCAAUCUGCGUCUCUUCAAUCGAGAGUAAAAAGAACGGAAACUCAAUUGCAUGCUUUAUGUGUACAGUACAUGGAGGGAGGAAAUACCCUUAUGCUUUUUACUGUACAUCAUUUUUGAAUGUGCCUUAAAUGCCUUCUUUCUCACUAUGAAUCACUUGUAUUUCCUGUAAGUAUAGCUUUAUAGACUUGAUUUACUUUGUUUUGUCUUGUUUUGUUUCCAUUUUCUUUCAAACCAAUAAGCACGGUGUCCCUUUUAAGCUUUUUACUUGAUUUCUGUGAGAAUUGAAGCAUUGUGGAAAAAAGAGGAGCAGUUGAAUGAAAACUAUGCAGUCAUGAAGCUUCUUCCGCUCAGUCUGUCGUUCAUCGCUUGUGUAUAUGCUGAAUUUCCUGUGUACGAUCUGCAGAUGCAGCAAAGUCAAAAGAAAGAUGGAGGAGUUAUUUUUAGGAUGCAAGAGCUCUUGGACAGGUGAAAAAAGCUCAUAAGCAGAAUGACAAACUGCCAUCUUAUCUGACAACUGGAAUGUAGGUUUAAUAUUUGGGGACUUUUACACCUCAGUGCCAAGAGACGCAUGAAUUUUACAGUUCAUCCUAAAACUUGCAUCAGAAUAGAAGCUUUCGAGGGUGGAUGAAAGAAAGACGGACUUUGGUAAUUGUAUUAAGGUGUUAAGGCCCAUGUACAGCUUGGUGGAAGGCGACUGUUUCCUGAGGGCUUUCAGAAUCAAAAUAUUUUGCUAUGCAGUAUAAAUUGGGUAAGUGUUCCAAAUGAAUAUGUUUUAAAGUAUUCCUCUUUCAAAUCAGCAGAUAUUUAUGUAGGUAUGUGCUUUACCGUAUCUCCCCCUGGCCAGAAGUUUAGAAUAUCUCCUCUAAUAAAAGACAAUAAGGACAGUGCCAUUGUUAUAUUUCCAAUAAAGUGAGACAAAAUAGUGUCUGUCCUCAUUGUAUAAUCAUGUUUUUAUUUGGUUUAAUUUGUCCUGUGAAGCUUUUUUUUCAUGAGGAUAGUUUAAAAGUUUACCAUUGUAAUGAUUUUACCUUAAUUGUGGAAUAGGUUAUUAUUGUUUGUUUUUCACAUUGUGAAAUGCUGCCACACAUUACUGCCUUAGAAGGGCAUUUGUAUUGAUAAUCUAUGCAGUCACAAAUUAAGAUGUCUUUUUUUUUUACCAAAGCUUAGUAUUGUCAAAAACUGAUUAGGUAGAAGCCAAAUUCUUAGUUGUCUCUUAAGCACUUAUAAAAAAAAAAAUCUGUAAAAACCCCAAAGAAACAAAUUGUUCAGCUUUAUCUGCAGCUCGGUGUGAAGUCGGUUAAAUGUUUUAUUCAUAAAAAAAUACUAAUUUGGAUAACUAAAGUGUUUUUUGAUUUUAGCUGGGAAAACUGUCUUUGUAACAGAUAAGUUAUUUGUAAAAAUAAAUAAAAAUCUAUUCUGAAA